GUGUGUCGCUGCUUCUCCUGGUUGUCGCUGCAGUUGCUUGCAUCCUCACGAAAAAAUCACUCUCCCCAUUACACUUUCUCUCUUUUCCGUUACUCGCCCCAAAUCCUAAACUCUAGUUCCACCCAUAUUUAUUUUUAUUUUAUUAUUAUUUUAUUCCAGAAAGAUUAAUUUAUUAUAAACAUCAGAUAAAAAUCUUCAUCUUCAUCGAUAUUAGUACCAGCAGUAGUGAACGUAAGUGUGGCGAUUUCACUUUUUUUUUUUAUUUGUCAAAAAUAAUUCCCUAUCUUCCCAGCUUCGCAUAAUAAAAAACUAGUUAGCGUGAAUCAUAAUCGUAAAAAUCAUAAAAGUAAAAGGCACUCAUCAUUUGUGAAUCGUGUUAACACUAGUAUAAUAAUAUUGUGAUGUGUUAUUGCUGUUGUUGUUGUUCGCUUUGCAAAUUAUUCUUCUAGAACACCGCCUCAGCCACACCACAAAGACGCAGAAAAGGCGAAGAAGCUAAACGACGCAACGUUAUGGAAGACGAAAUAUACGGCGUGUCAUCCACGGCGGAGUACACGGACAGGGCGCUGAUGACGCCGGAGAACAUAUUUCCGGCGGAGUACCACAGCUUCCUAAUGUCCUCCGCCGCCCGGACUCCAAUGUUCGGAUCCGACGAGUUUCUCUCCGCCGCCAUCGCCGUCACCGCCGGCAACGAAACCGAACCCUACCCUAACGUCUCCGUCGCACCAGAAAUUCAGCGCCACCACGACGCCUCUUCUCUCAUCAAAGCCAAAAUCGCCUCUCACCCUCACUACCCUCGUCUCCUCCAAGCCUACAUCGAAUGUCAGAAGGUUGGAGCGCCUCCAGAACUCACGUGUUUGUUAGAGGAAAUCCGACGAGAAAACGACGUUCGCCAGAGGGACGUUGUUGUUUCCACGUGCGUUGGAGCCGAUCCCGAACUCGACGAGUUCAUGGAAACCUACUGUGACAUGCUGGUGAAAUACAAAUCUGAUCUGACGCGGCCUUUUGACGAAGCCACCACCUUCCUCAACAAGAUCGAAACUCAGCUUACCGAUCUCUGCAGCCGUUCUUCUCUUCCAACUCUUUACGAUGAUGGGGGUGUGUCUUCAGAAGAAGGUUUUAGUGCUGGAGAUGGUGAUCCCCAAGAUGGCCAAUUACGGAGUGAAGAUCGAGAGCUGAAGGAUAGGCUUUUACGUAGGUUUGGAAGUCACGUUGGAUCUUUGAAAUUGGAAUUUUCAAAGAAGAAAAAGAGGGGUAAGCUGCCGAAAGACGCUAGGCAAACACUACUUCAGUGGUGGAAUAUUCACUACAAAUGGCCUUACCCUACGGAAGGUGAUAAGAUUGCACUGGCUAAAUCAACUGGAUUAGACCAGAAGCAAAUUAACAACUGGUUUAUUAAUCAGAGAAAGCGCUACUGGAAACCAUCUGAGAACAUGCCGUUCUCUAUGGUGGAUGGUCUGACCGGUCGGUUCCUUACUGAUGAAUGAGGUGUGUCCAUGUGCAUGGCUCGUACACUCUCAAAUGUAUAUCCUAAUUAAUUAUUAUUUCCUGUGCUUUCUUCUGUAAAUUCUGAAAGCAGAAGGGGUUGACAUUGAAAUACUUGAUUACUUCCCUGCAAAAAAAAUUGGGGAAUGAUAGUGUAAUUUAUUCGCUUCACUUGUAUUCUUGAAUCUUGAUAAAUAACUUCUGAUGACAUCGGGAAUGGAAUGCUUUUGUUGUUUU